CCAUACGUAUUUGUAAAUUAGUUAUCUCCCUUUGGUAUUGUUAUUUAUCUGGCUGUGAAAUUUACAUGAUCUUACGUGACUUGUUUUUGUGUCUGGUUCAAGAAAAGGUAAACUUACUCUGGAAAUAAAGUGGCCAAGAGUGUACAGAAACCAAUAUAUUGUCGAUCAACAAUAAACAGACAGAUCUCUAAUUACCUCCCUUGAUCAAACUACAGUACAGUUUAUAUUGGAACAUAUCAGCUUCAUACUGGAAGAAAUAAAAUUGUAAGGAUUGGAAUAGUUGUACUGUAUAAAAAAGGAAAACAUGAAGACACAUAAUGCUGAGUAAGAGGAGCAUAUCAGAACAUAUACUGCAUAGUUUAAGAACACAUACUGCAAAAUUGCAAGAACAUAUCUAUAAUUGGUAAACUUAAAAGGAUGUAGUCAGAGACAUGAGAAGACACACUAGUCAUGCUAGUGAUAAACUGUAUAUAUGUGAUAUAUGUGGUAAAGAGUUUAGUCAAAAUUCAAGCUUGCAGAGACACAUGAGAGUACAUACUGGUGAUAAACUGUAUAGAUGUGAUAUAUGUGGUAAAGGUUAUGGUCAAAGUUCGACUUUGCAGAGACACAUGAGAGUACAUACUGGUGAUAAACCUUAUAACUGUAAUAUAUGUGGUAAAGGGUUUGUUGAUAGUUCAAGCUUGAAAACACACAUGAGAAUACAUACUGGUGAUAAACCUUAUAACUGUGAUGUAUGUGGUAAAGUGUUUAGGUAUAGUACAAGUUUACAGAAUCAUAUAAGAACGCACACUGAUGACAAACCUUAUAACUGUGAUAUAUGUGGUAAAGUGUUUAGGUACAGUACAAGUUUACAGAAUCAUAGGAGAACACAUACUAGUGAUAAACCUUAUAAAUGUGAUAUAUGUGAUAAAGGGUUUGGUGAUAGUUCAAACUUGAAAAGACACAUGAGAAUACAUACUGGUAAUAAACCUUAUAAAUGUGAUGUAUGUUGUAAAGGGUUUAGGUAUAGUUCAAAUGUACAGAUUCACACGCGAACACACACGGGUGACAAACUUUAUAGAUGUGAUGUUUGUGGUAAAAGGUUUAUGAGUAAUUCAAAUUUACAGAUUCACACAAGAACACACACUGGUGAUAAACCUUAUAAAUGUGGUGAAUGUAACAAAGAGUUUAAUCAGAGCCAACAUUUACAUAGACACAUGAAAACACAUACUGGUGAUAAAUCUUAUAAAUGUGAUGUAUGUGGGACAGGAUUUAGUCGGACUGGUGAAUUACAGAGACACAUGAGAAUACACACUGGUGAUAAACCUUAUAAAUGUCACGUGUGUGAUAAAGGGUUUAGUGAUCGUUCAAAUUUACAUAGGCACAGGAGAAUACACACUGGAGAUAAACCUUAUAAAUGUGUUAAAUGUGGUAAAGGGUUUAGUCAUAAUUGUAACUUACAGAAACACAUGAGAACACAUACUGACGACAAACCUUAUAAAUGUGAUGUAUGUGGUGAAGAGUUAUGCAAACGUGGUGACUUAGAGAGACACAUGAGAAUACACACUGGCGAUAAACCUUAUAAAUGUCACGUGUGUGAUAAAGGGUUUAGUGAUCGUUCAAAUUUCCAUAGGCACAGGAGAAUACACACUGGAGACAAACCUUAAAUGU